UGCCGUGGCUUCCGGCGAGCCGAAGCCAAGCACAAAGAUUUGGUGCCCAAAGUGUUAAGUAGGCCAUGCCCUAAAUCCGAGUUUCAACAUGUGCGCGGGUUUGCCGGCACUAUCACGUGUGCAAGUGCGAAGCGUGUUUAACACAAAAUCUGCCGAAAGCACUUAGUACUGCUUUCUGGAUGCCGAUAAUGUCUUGUCCGUCCGUUGGGUAACUCACGCUGAUCGGUGUUCAACGGGUUAAAUACCUCGCCCCUGAAGAUUGCCGGGUCGCCAUAGGUAUGCCGAGGAAAGAAAAUGGCGCUGUCGUGACAGUCGCCUUGUACUGUAGACGAAGCAUGAUGACCCGCACGUCGAUGAGGACGCAGUCUUUGGAGCAUGAAACUGAACAGAGAAAUAAUAAUCCCUGUUUUAAGGAACAGAAGUUGAGUAUGAAGUGCCUCGAGGACAACGGUUACGACUAUGACAAAUGCCAGGCCUACUUCGAGAACUUCAAAGUGUGCAAAGGGUUCUGGCUGGCCGUUGCCAAGGACCGACGAAGAAAAGGCAUACAUCCUGCACUGCCACCGCUUCAAGAACGCGACAGCGUCAAGCAGGAGUACCUAAAUCAAGAAGCGCAGAGACGGCGGAGCAGUGGGCAGCCAGGCAGCUAGCUGUUCGUUUAUUGGCUACCUAGCGGUUGACCCAGCGGUGCACGGUCUCCUCCCAGUCCGUGUUGGCCGCCUCCUCUUCGUCUUCGGUGCGGACGUAGCUGUCGUCGUCGGUGGUUCCUGGCUGCAGACAGCUGGGAGACAGCUCCUGCGGGCAUGGCAAAUGUCUCGUAAUUGCCCAGUAGUGCCAAGGCUGUUUGUCGCAAAAGAAGCAUCAGGCAAAACAACCUUGGCUGAGAGGGCAUACUUGAAAGACUCAGUGCUGAUCUGCGCACAAGUAUGGUGUGAUUUACAGAGGCUGUGUAUUCGCCUGCACUGGCAGGGUUAUGAAGCUGCUUACCUACAAGACAAGAUAAAGGAUAAGUAGGCCUUAUGUUAUAGCCUUCAAUAAAGACUGAAUAAGCCAUGCAUGUACUUUAGGGUUGCUGCAAAUGCUCUAGUCUUGACCUCCUCAAAAAAACGUCGCAUUACGGCAUUAUGUUAAUAAAAUUAUUUGUUGUCA